CGUAUGACUAUUUCAUGAGUACCAUACCUACCACCUACUUACCUAAUUUAGUUUUCAAAGUAUUAUUUUUUUCAUUUUCGCUAUACUUAGUUAAAAGACCUCACUUACUUGUUAGAAUACCUAAUUGAAUCAUGAAGUACCGAAUGAUUGUUGCUUAUAUUUUCGUUACUGUCGAAUUGUUUUUCGCAAAUACUCUAGAAAAUAAUACCGAAUUUUCCGAAUGUGACAGCAAAUUAAUAUCGAAAGAUUUGGAUCGUUCGAGUUCUCAAGCUAAUGGAUUUAGAAAAAAAUGGAUUUCGGAGCUGUUUCUCGAAGCGCAACAGAAAUUUCGAAUGGAUUACAACGUGAACAAUGAAUGCAAAAGGGAUUUCGAACGGUUUCAAUUGCAUCUGAAAAAUCAAUCUAUGUGGGCAAUUAAAAUGAAAGAAUCAUCAGAAUGGCCGUUAGGUGGUAUCCUUUCUGGCACAGUCAACUAUAUGGGAAAUUACGACGAAUGUUUGGAUAUUUCUUCACACGGGGUCAAAGGACAAUACUGUCUCGUUGAAGUGAUUUAUAAUUUUCCUCAUGUAUUACAACAUGAAAUCGUCGAAAAACCUGAUGGAAUGAUUUCUGCUUGGGAAGUUAUAACGAUGUAUGAAAAAAAUCCGGCCAGAGUUGAUCGAAAAAAAUUAAAAUUUGCUGUGUGCAUACCUUCAUCUUGCAAACCAAACGAUGUGGAAGUUUCUCUUGACAAAACAUUGGGUCCAAUAUUUGACACUCAAGGAUUUCAAAUAUCGGUAAAUGUGAGCCCUGUGUUUUGUAAGGUUAAGGUUAACGAAGAGAUUACCUAUCCUCAAGGAUAUUAUAUAGUUGGGUGGUUGCUUAUAUCAAUAUUCUUACUUUCGAUUGGUUCAACUAUGUAUGAUACUUCAACUGCUGCUAAUAAUGAUGAUGAACCAAGCAACAAUUUUUUCAAUCAAGCAACUGAAAUAUUUUCUAUAACCAGAAAUUUCAAAAACCUAAUUAAAACAGAAGCUAAAGAAUACGCUGCAUUACAUUUUCUCAAAAUCGUCCACAUGUCGGUUUUAAUUUUCUACCAUCGUUAUUGCCAUAUCCUAGGGUAUCCUACAACUAAUGCUCUUGUAACGGAAGAAUUUUACAAUACUCAUGAUUAUGAUUUCAUCAAUGUUAUGCAUAUAGUGGAUGUAUUUUUUAUGAUUAGUGGAUUUUUGACGUUUCAUUCUCACCUAACAUCAACUGCAAGAAACGGGAAGUUGUUAUCAUUUUUCAACGUUAUGUUGAGAUGGAUAAGAAUGAUUCCAGUGUUUGGUAUUUUAAUGUUAUACAUCAUAUUCAUAUUACCAUACACCGGAGAUGGUCCGUUAUGGAAUUACAAGAUAACUAGAGAAGUUAACAAUUGCAUGCGAAGCUGGUGGGCCAGUUUGUUGGCAAUCAAUAACGUUGUUAGAACUGAUCAACAAUGCUUAAUUUCCAGUUACUACAUCUCAUUGGAUAUUCAGUUGGCCAUUAUAGGAGUAAUUAUAGUUUACAUUGCUUCAAAAAAUGAAAGAAAAGGUAUUCUUGCAACAGCCCUUUUGUUUGUGAUCUCAAUCAUCAUAACAUUUUUCAUUGCUUACCUAAACAGGUUUCAUGGAACUUUAAAGCCUUACUUCAGUGUGGUGGAGGACAUGAGAGCAGAUAAAGAAUUCACUGGCUUAUACACCAUACCAUUUACCAGAUGUGCACCUUACCUAAUUGGAUUCAUGACCGCAUAUGUCGUUAAAUUGAUGACAGAUAAAGGAAAUAAAUUCACCAAUAUCCAAAUUUAUUUAUUUUUGUUCUUGUCUUUGUUGAUAAGUGGAGCAAAUCAGCAGUACGGGUGUUUGUUUUAUAGAUUUGGGAGAAAAUACAACAGAUACGAAAAUGCUCUGUAUGCUGCUUUGAGUCGCUCCUUAUUUGUGACUUUUCACGCUACCUUUGCUUGUUUAUAUCUUACAUCAGGAUUGGGAAUAUUUACAAAGCUGGUCGAAUGGAAAGUAUGGAUUCCAUUGGGUCGUCUUACAUAUUCAGUGUUUCUGCUCAAUACAGUAAUUCAGUUGUAUCACUCUUCUAUUCAAAAAGAACCAACUUCUGUUUUAGGUGUGAGAACUGUGUUAUGGUGGACAUUAGGUGACAUUAUGUGCUCCUAUGCAAUUGGAUUAGUUCUGCAUUUAUUCAUCGAAGCUCCAGUUCUGAACUUGAAAAUGAUAAUUAAAAGAAAAUUAUUUAGAUCUGAGUUUGCUGAGCCAGAACAGAAAGAAGACUGAUUGACAAAAAUGAUGAUUUGAACUUGAAAAGUACCUGCAACCUUAGUGUCUGAUGUCUACAUUUUCUGAAGAUUGAAGGAUUCAUUUAGAUACUGAUGCGAGGUACUUCUCUACCUACAACCAUACCUAUACCUUAGCAUCUCAUCUUCCUCAUUGUGCCCUAGUCCCUCAAUCAUCUCAUUUACUAGCGUUUUAUACAAACCAUGAACCUAUAUGACAACGGUAUUUUAAAAAAAAUUAAUUAUUUUUCAUUUCAUUCAAUAAUACCUAACUUAUUUACAUUUAUUAAGUGAGUACUUGUAAUCAAACAAAUAAUUUACCUAUCAAAUUGUUUUCAAGUUGACCCUUUUCUGUGACAUUAUAUUUUUCAAGAAAAAAAAAUUCGCAAUCAGUUGUUGCGUUUUAUCAGCUAGGUGACUUUGCGGCAUCAUGAAGGGAAAUGACGUAACAGUACAGUGUUCACAUACUUAAUUUAUAUGUAUAUCUCCUUAUCAUUAUACUGUGGGCAUUUUCGUCGUCUGUCAGUAUAAUUUUGGUUAUUGAUGAUGUGAAGUAAAUGGUGUUUUAUUCAAUUUUUAUAAAAUUCCUCUCAUACUUGCCUGGUGUUCCAUUGGAAUUAUUUUUUUAUCAUUCGUUGCAACUUGGUUCGCGCUUCAUACCUAGACAUCUGAAUGAUUGUACGACGUACAUAUAAUGAAUUAUUAUAUGAUUUUGGCUUACUUCGUUAUCGCUGGGUUGUGUUUCGUGAAAUCCCUGGAAAAUAAUACCGAGUGUACUAAAUAUGAAA